GUUGAAACACAGUCUGCCUCUGUUUCUAUAAACACUACACAAUAGAUGUUCUGCUUUUUGCUCUCACUCAGCAGGAAAUGUCCUCGGCUGUUCAGAGAAACCGGUUGAGAUGUUUCUUAUUUUACCACAAGCCUCCCCCAGCCGAUUCUCAUACCAACACUGUGCACCAAAAAGCAGAAGUGAUCAGGAGGAAUGUGUGACAGCUCACUUGUGUCCAGGACUAAGCGGUAACACGUUGCUGUUGUCUGUGAUUCGGGGAGCAGCCGUCAGCAUGGAGGACACCACAGCCAUAGUCACCACAGACCAUUGUGCACCAGUCACCAAAGCUGCAAAGCAUCAGGCCCCAGGUGAUGAGGAGGACGAGGAAGCCGGGGGCUGGGACAUAGGAACAGAAAGCUGGAACACACAGAGUGCCGCUUCUGCUGUGAUGAAACUCCCUGUGCUCACGCAGCCUGGCCUGGGGGUAACCACGACAACAGUGACCACCAUCACUCAGACGGGAGGGGACUGGAGCAGCAGUCUGUUCAACGUGUGUGGAGACAGGAGCACAUGUCUCUUAGGGGUCUUUGUGCCCUGUUGCUUGGACCUGAGUCUGGCCCACCAGUACGGGGAGUGUCUGUGUCUGCCCCUGCUCCCUGGCUCCACAUUCGCCAUGCGGGUGGGCAUCAGGGAGAGAUACAAGAUACAGGGCAGCGUCUGUGAGGACUGGACUACAGUGUAUUGCUGCUACCCCCUGGCCAUCUGUCAGAUGAUCCGAGAGAUGAAGAGGAGGAUGAAGAGCCAAACCUACAAGGUAUCCACUGCACUAGAGUGCUCCUGACAACAUGGCUGUCUGUGUGCUAGAUUCAUUCAUCCAGGCCAGGACCACAUCUUAUUCAUAUUACAAUAUGCAUGAUCUAACCUUGGUACCUAUAGCAAACUUGGCUUGUGUAUAGAACCUUCAGAGGCUCAUGUCAUUUCAUUUGUGCAUCACUGAUGUCUGCAUAUUACUAUGUCACAGAUGGAUGGAUGAUUACUAUGUCACAGAUGGAUGGAUGAUUACUAUGUCACAGAUGGAUGGAUGAUUACUAUUACAGAUUACUUUGUCACAUCCGUCUAGAUGGUGAUUAUUACAGGUCUCUGUGGGGGUCAUCAUACUACAGGUGCCCGUUUGGUGUCUUAUGAGAGCCCUCGUGAUCAUUCUAGGGUUUCUGAGGACAUCCCUGUUAAAGAUGAGUCGGGCAUAUGUAAAGUAAAGUUGUUUAAGUUAAGAAUUAAGUUCAGAAUGUAUUUGGGGAUGGGGACUUGGAGUAGGCUUAGUAUUUGAGCCUAUGUUGGAUGUGGAACAUCAGUGAUACUUUACCAGACAAUGUUUCAUAAAUGUUUGUAAAGUAAAAUAAAAUUCCUAACCAAUUGUAUGAAACAGUCCAUGUAGGCUAAGCCAUUAAAUAAUAAAACCUA